GCUCGUUCUCCCCCUUCGCCCAUUGAUGAAGCCCGGGGCUCCCGGGCCUUGCGAAGGGAAAACGUGGCGGGAGCAGCGGCGCUGCUGCAGGGCCGGUGGGGAUGGGGACGGUGCCGUGUGAGCUGCCGGUAGGGAUGGACGGGCUGGGCCUCACACGGAACCGGCAGCGGAGGAAACAGCGGGAUUCCACAGCUAUCCUUCAACUGGGACGGCGGACAGGCUGAGGCUUGCCUGCUAGCGGGUUAUGAGGGAAAUCAGCUGUGGUGUGGCAGGGGAACAGAGGAAGGGAAGAGUUCAGCGCCUGGGGAAAGAGCCGGGAGUGCUGGGCGGGCUCAGGGCUGCCUCAGACGGUGGGGACAGCGCUGGGAGCCAGGAGCUGCUGCCCCAACCCUGUGUGUGUGCUCCAGGGCAGCACAUGGAGGUUUAUUUUAUUUAGUGCCAACCCUGUGUGUGCUCUAAGGCAGCACAGUGAAGUUUAUUUUAUUUAGUGCCCACCCUCUGUGUGAUUUAAGGCAGGCUGUUUCGUGCAGGUGCCCAUCACAUGGUUUGAGGAGCUCUAAUGAAAUGAAGCUGUGGAAAAUGUUUCGUUUAGAUUUUAAUUUGUUGCGUUUUUCUCCUUCCGUUUUAUUCUCAUUAAAAAUAAACGCGAGGGAAGUGGCAAGAAGUAGAGUUUGCUCUGUUAAGAGUUGGGAUUGUUUCUGUGAAAGGAGGGAUGACGGUCAUGCUUCUGGAAGAGGUAUUGUCAAGCUUAUUUACCCCGUGGAAAGAGGAUAUGUUCUAGAUGUGUUCUGGCAAUAAUAGCAGUAAUCCAUCAGAAAAGAGCAGACUAUUGAAAACUAAACAACUAAACCAACAAGUGUGCCUGUUUACAUCAUCUGCUGAGCAGUCAUUUGGGAGAAUGGCCCAGGAGUUCUAAUACCUGCCCUCCAUAGCUGAAAUAGGAUUUUUUUUAAACAAAUGGUAAUUAAAUGAAAUUUGGGCUGGGUUGGAAACCGUGGCUCUGGAGCUGCCAUUUUCUGGAAGGUAACACUUCAGGGUGUAGUGUGCAUGGUAGGAAUGCUGGGCAGAGCUGGGGCCAGGAAUCAUCACACUGAUGAUCUUGUCCCUGUCAUUUAUCUUCUGAGUCCUCAAGCAGCUGAACUCAAACCUCAGUUUCCCCUCUAUGAGAUUUAUUGUUUUUCUCUGCUUUUCUCAGGGUAGUGAGGAUAAAGUGCAGUGAGAGAUUGCAAGGCACUGGGGGUUGUUGUGUGCAUUGAAGACUGUAGUGGGGCUUGGUUGAGUCAUCUUUGUGGUUCAGAUUUGACUUCAGGGGAUGCUUUGUGGAAGAGAAUGGAUGGAAAGAACGACCAUCCAGUCUGGAAUGAGUGUGGAAACCUUUAUGAUAAUGCUUUUAUCCUAGCCAAAUUCAACAACAGGUCUCUCUUUCUCUGUCUUGAACCAGUGCUAUUUUAUAUUUUAUAUUGCAGUGGUUGCUAUGCUCUUCUCUGUGAGCAGCCCUUUUAUUACCAGAGCUCCUCAUCCUCCAUCUGGAGCUGGAAACCAACUGAAAAUGUCUCAGAAUCCUGACAAGCUAAAUUCAAGUGAGGAGAAGCUGAAUGCUUUGGAGGAGGAUGAGGAGGAGAGCUUGGACAGCUCGGAUCAGUCUGGCCGAAAGAGGAUACGCCAGAGUGCUCCAGGGUCCCACAGAGAUGAUACACCCAAGUCCAGUCCCUCUCGGCCUGUGUCCAUAGAAGAGCUCAUGGAGACAGCAAAAGGAGUCACCAACAUGGCACUGGCACAUGAAAUUGUGGUGAAUGGAGACUUCCAGAUAAAGCCAGCUGAACUGCCAGAACACAGCUUAGAGAAGAAAGUCAGAGAUAUUGUGCAUAAAGCUUUCUGGGAUUGUCUGGAAGCUCAGCUGAAGGAAGAUCCCCCAACAUAUGAUCAUGCAAUUAAGUUAUUGGGAGAAAUUAAAGAGAGUCUUCUGUCGUUCUUGUUGCCUGGUCACACUAGACUGAGAAGCCAGAUUACAGAAGUUCUUGACCUGGAUUUGAUAAAACAGGAGGCAGAGAAUGGGGCCCUUGACAUUUCUAAGUUGGUCAAAUUUGUUAUUGGCAUGAUGGGGACUCUUUGUGCUCCAGCUCGAGAUGAAGACAUUAAGAAACUGAAAGAUAUUAAUGAAAUAGUUCCUCUUUUCAGAGCAAUUUUCUCUGUAUUAGACCUAAUGAAAAUGGAUAUGGCAAACUUCGCUGUCAGUAGUAUUAGGCCAAAAUUAAUGCAGCAGUCUGCUGAAUAUGAAAGAAAGAAGUUUCAGGAGUUUCUUGAGAAACAGCCAAAUUCUUUAGACCUUGUCACAAAGUGGUUGCAAGAAGCAGCAGAUGAUCUUGCAAAGCUGGGACAUGAAACGUUGCCUCCCCACUGUAAUGAUGGUGCCACUGGUGGAGCUUCUGCCUUGUGCUUCACUGCUGUACAAAAUCAGGCCUAUCUGAAGCUUCUCAAGUGGGAUCACGUGAACAGGCCUUUUCCAGAAACGCUGCUGAUGGACCAGACACGCUUCCUGGAGAUGCAGCUGGAGCUGGAGCAGCUGCUGCUGGUGGGGACAGUGCUGCUGGUCACCUUCAGUGCAGCAGGCCCAGCUCUCAUCGACGUGCCUGGCUUUGCAGAGAGGAUCAAAACCAUCGUCAAGGUGCUGCUGACAGGGAUGCAUCUCCCCUCCUUUAACCUGAAGGAAUCCCUGGCCACCGUGGGUGAGAAGGUGUGUGCAGAGGUGAACAGCUGCCUUUCCCAGCAUGGCUUUACCCCGUUCUCAGCUGAGAGGGAGGCUGUGCUGAAGGGGCAGAUCCAGGCAGUGGGCAGCCCAGAUAACUCCAUCUCCAAGCUCAUAGAUUCUCGAAUUCAGAAGUUUCUGGAGAAUUAUCUUGCAUCCAGUCACCAGAAAUCAUUGCCUGCCAUUCCUGGAGGAUUAGGCCCCAUUCAGAGGGAGCUGGAGGAGAUUGCUGCCAAGUACAUUCGUCUUGUCAACUACAACAGAAUGGUCUUCAGCCCUUACUAUGAUGCAGUCCUUGGCAAAAUACUGACUAAGGAAGAAUCCCAAAUUGUAGGGAAGUCAGAAGAAUCAUAAAACUAGUCUGUGUGCUAUCACUACAGUAUUGUCAGCUAUUAAAUAAAACUUGUACCAAUAUUUGUCUAGGAAAAGAGCUUUCCGUGUAAAUACUGGUUCCUUUAACCCACGAGUGCUGACUGGUGAGGGAAACAGAGGCGAUGCCAAAAGGGUUCUGAGCUGAAAGAUGACAGAUGCAUUUCUAAUAUAAUUAUGCAACCUGGGGAAGGGGAUAUCAUAGGAGUUUUCUGGCUGCAAUUUUUAGAUUUUUGAGCUGGUGAUAGAUAGGGCAAGUUUAAGAACCAAACUUUGUAUUGAAGUGGCUCAUUUCAGGGCAUUUAACGCUUAAUUUACAGUGAACUUGCUUUAAUUUAUCCAGAGCUGAUUAGCAAUGGUUCUUCCCAGAAGGGGUGAUUUGUUUGUUUUUUAAAUCUUACUUUAAAGAAUUAAUUAAGUUAAAAUUCUAAAGAUGAACUUUACCAGACAAAACACCAAGCCAAGCAGCACUUUACUGUAACAUUAUGGUGAGUAUGGUAGGCUUACUAGUUUUUCUGUAUUUUACUGCAUUUUUAAUAGCAUUUUUUUGCUGUUUACCUGCAGAUGUUACAAAACAUAAUAUAUUUUUGUAGCAAAUUUUCUGGUUAUUGGGUAACUGUCCUCUGCUAUGUACAGUACUCCCAGAGGUGGCAAUCUUAUAGAUUGCAGCUGUAUUUAUAUCUUGUAAAGAUUUCAGAAAGGGCAGAGCUAAAACAUUUUGAUAAAAGUGGCAUUUCUUACCUUCUUUUCUUUUGCUAGUAAUUUACUCCUUUUUAGGUGAAAUACUAAUUUUAAAGUAAAUUCUCAUUUGCAGAAGGUGGAUUUAAAGUGUGUGAAACUUUAGGUUGAAAAUUUUUGGCUUUUUUAAAAACUACAACAGGGGAUGGUUGCAUAUUCAAUCAUGUCUUCAAAAAUGUUACGUGCAGGGCACUGUGGGCAGUAUCAGUGAUUUUAAUGUACUGUGGGAGGUGAAUGGUUUGAUGUUAGUUUGAAUAUACAGGGAAUAUUUUAGUAGAUUUUUUCACUUUCUAGAUGUGUUCUUGAAACUUAGAAUAUUUGUAGGUCUCGAAUUUAAUAAGCUACAUGUUGUAGAGAGGAGAAGAGCCCAGUGAUCUUACAUUGCAAUCUCAGGCUCAGCUGGGAGGUAAGUGACAUUUUCCUCUGGUUGAGCACAACUGUGUAUUUCAGUAAUCAAUAUUUGAUGGUUUUGUGAGAGCAAAGUUUGUAGUUACUCACAGUAAGUGGCCCAAGUAUGAGGUUGUCCAAACCAGAACGUGCUGUCUUUAAAAAAAACAACAAGGUAGGUGAAAUAAAUGAGUGAAGGGCCCUUGUAUUGCCAGCAGGCAGGUUAAUUUAGGAAUCAGCCAAACAGAACUUGCAGAAGCACUCGAUUAUGAUCCACUGUUGAUGCUUCCCUUUCCAGUUUCCUUUGAAUGUCAGUGUGGAUAAAGCUGCACCAACUUUGUGUUUGGAGGGGGAUGGGAGAAAUCAGACCUUUUUUCCUAUAUUAGCCUAUGCAACUCUAAACCAAAUCUUUUCUCAUGCAUUACAAAGCCCCUUCCCCAAGGGAAAAACCCUGUGAGAGUUCAUCAGCUCAGACAAGGGAUUUUUCUCUUGGCCAAAUGAAUGUCUGUGAAUCCUCCUUUGAGAACUCAAAAAUGAGGUUGGUUAGCCAGAAAAAAAAAGGGUUCUGAGUAGGAUCUAUUUCACUGUUUGGAUCAGCAAAGGGUUCUACAGAGGCCUUCAAGGCUGCUGCCUCAGCUUGCUGGGCUUUGCUAUUGGAGCAGGCUGUGCUGCCAUCACAGCCUGAAGCUCUGCAGCUGCACCAGCUCCCUCAGCCUGUGCUCAGGGAGCUACCAGAGCCCUCCCUCACUGCUGGGGAUGAUGGCACAUGAUAACCAGGCACAGCUGUUUCCAUUUCCUCAAUGACAGCUGCACAGCUUAGGAGGUGCUGCUGUUGUUUUAUCAUUAGUCCUGCCCAGGAGCUGCCUUUAGAGGCACAGGGUGAGCUUGAGGGUGUGGGGAGGACAAAGAGAAGCCCUUGAAAGGUGUGUGACUGAUGGCAGGGUGCAGGCACUGCUCUAGCAAUGGAUAAAACCCUGACUGAGGAGAUGGCUGCUCCCAGGGCUGGGAUUCAGGGGUCAGGCCCACACAGGGAAUCCCAGCUCAAUCACAGCAUGGGUUUGAUCCUAAGCCUUUGUGUAGCAGGAAGGUCCUAGAAAGAGGGAACAGAGUGCAGUACUCACCUGGCUCCACACAAAGGAACAAAUGCCCCUGGCACAGGUGCUGGGGGCCUUUCAACAGGAAGGACCUAAUGGAACUGCAAUAACUUCCCACAAGUGCAAGGUAAUGAUUCUCCCAGGUUGUUCUAUUUAAGGAGAGCGUUUGACAAACAUCUCUACAUCCUCUCUAGAGAAACAGGGAGCUGCCAUUGAGUGGCAAAGCAAGGAGGACAUUCCAGGAUGGCCAAGGCCAGCCCCGGCUCCUGGGGCAGCUGCUGCCUCCCCUUGCCCAGGCAGAGGAGCCCUGGGGCCGCUGUGCUGGGAAUGGCUCUGCCCUCUAGUCCAAGGGUUCUUAGGAUCUUAUCAGAGUCAAUGCUAUCACAGCCAAUUCCAAGUUCAAAGCUGAAGUAGGCAUAGAAACUGCUUGGAAAGCUCACAUAGUGUUUCUUUAGCUUGUUUGAAGAUAAGUGCAAGGAUGUAGCUGAUUAUUAACAUUUAGCUUUGUGCAUUAUGUGGAAGAGCAGUGCAGGUAUCCAGGACCAGGCUGUGUGAGCCAGUGCUCCUGGAUUACCCACACUGAACUGAGUUAGUCUUACAAUGCUGUCUUCUUCAAACAGUCCUGGAAUUACAAGCCAAAGUGUGCUGUAUCCUCUAGAAAAUGGAAAGCAAGCUCCAUUCUAAUAUGUAUGCUCUGAUCAAUUUCCUGUGACGGUAUAAUUAGCAUUGCUUUUGAAGUGGCUGAGUAAUAUUUAAGAAGUACCUUGUUGUGUUUGAAUAAAACCAGAAUGAGGCAUGA